AUGCGCGUCGCUGCUAUUCUUGCCGUCGCCGCGGCAUGCCUCAGCACCGUCCACGCUAUUCCAGUGGAGAUUGAGAGUCUGGAUAUCCGCGCCGAUCUCGAGCCGCGGUUUAUAGCCACCAACGACUUCAGCUGCAAGUCCGACAAGAACCCAGUCAUCAUGCUACACGGCCUAUUCGUCAACCGCAACCUCGACCUCAACUUCUUGGAGAAGUGGCUCCGGCCCCAGGGCUACUGUACGUACGGCCUGACCUAUGGCGAAUACCGCGAGUUCCCCAUUGUCGGCGGCCUGAAGCCUAUCGCCGAGUCGUCGCAGGAGAUUGUCGACUUGAUCAACGAGGUGCUCGAGAAGACGGGUGCCAAAAAGGCCGACCUUGUCGGCCACUCCGAAGGUGGCCUGCAGGCUCUCUACGUCGCCAAGGUCCGGAAGAUGAGUGACAAGAUUGACAAGAUUGUGGGCAUCGCGCCGGUGACUCACGGCACCGACCUGAGCAACCUUUUGGACAUUGCCAAUCUGCUCGGUAUCCGUCCUCUGGUCGACGGUGUUCUCGAUGCCGUUGGCUGCGCUUUCUGCACCGGCAUAUCUCCCGGUGGUGAUGCGGUCAGGGAGCUCAACGACGGCCCUAUCGUCCAGCCCGGAAACAAGGUCACCAUUAUUGCAUCAAAGUACGACACCGUUGUCACGCCGGCCGGAACGGCCUCCUUUGUCGACGAGCCCGGCGUGUUUAAUGUAUAUACCCAAGACGUCUGCCCGCUUGACGUGGCUGGUCACGUCAGUCUGGCGAUUGACAGGAACAUGUUUCUCCUGACGCGCAACGCCCUACAGGGUGAAAACGGCAAAAAGUUCCGCUGCAGGAUUUUUUCCGGUGUGCCUGUCAAGAACUAA